UGCAUUGUGUGGGCGAAAUAUAUUAUUGUUUUGGAACAAUAAGAAGUGAACGUUUACAGUUACAGGAGUACUGUUGCAGUGGCUGAAGAAGAAAUCUGUAGUAAUGUAUCGAUGACGUCUUGCGUAUAGGACAAGCUUGAUGAGGGCACUGUGCAAUUCACACGUGAGACCUGCAGCUUCUUCAGUUGUAACACAUGAUUUAAAUGGAUAACACCGAUUUAUCUGAGCAACUGAACAUGCUGGGGGAAAAACUUUACAAUGCCAUAGUCCCAGAGCAUCCAGAAAAGGCUGGAAAACUCACAGGGAUGCUGUUGGAGCUGCCAGUUACUCUGUUGGAACAGAUGGUCCAUGAUGAGAAACUGCUGGCCACUGCUCUUCACAAAGCAUUUAAUGCACUUCAGUUGUUGACAGAUAAAUGUGUAUCUAAAGGUGAGCAAGAAAAUAUGGAUUCUGAUUCUACUGAUUCACUUGGGGAUCAACUCUAUGAUCUGGUCGACAUCCACAACACUGGACACAGUGAGAAAAUAACCGGGAUGCUGCUGGAGUUGGGCAGGGAGGAAGUGAAGCGAUUGGUCUGCGAUGAACAGUUAUUGAAACAACAGAUUGACAUCGCUUGGCGAGCAGUUGAACAAGUGUUGCCGGACAAUGGGCCGACUUCCGAAUAUUCAGAAUUUGUUGACAUGAAAGAGAGUUUGGGAGAGAAGAUUUUUGUAGAGGUGGAGAAGAUCGACCGACAGAACUGUGCUAACAUCACUGGCAUGCUGUUAGAAAUGAAAGCUUCUACUGUGCAGCAGUUGUUGACUGACAGACUGGCGCUACAGACUGCAGUGGAGCAAGCGCAGACGGCCCUGCUGAAUUCGGCCACUUGUGUUCCACCUGGCUUGCUGAUGCGUGACGAUGGGAGCGAGCCGGACAGCGAGACAGAACGGCUCGGCGAGGAGUUAUACAGCUACAUCAACAACACAGAGUACAGCGAGCAUUCAAGCAAGAUAACAGGUAUGCUGCUUGAGAUGCCUCGCGACAGCUUAACAGAACUGCUGAAAUCUCCAGAGCAACUGAACGAAAAGAUCCAAAUGGCUGCUCGUGUGCUCGAAGAUUGACUAAAAUGGCGGGCAUCCCUGAGAAACCGUUCAUAGCCCUUCAGAUGCAGCACUUAGUUGAUCCAGAUCAGCCACAAAUCUCUCUCUCUCUUUGCUCUUCCUAAUUGACGUUUGCUUCACUGGGUCUUGCCAAAGGGUAUCUUCAGCUCAUAAAAGACAGAGAUGCUAUUUCAAUGAAGGUUGCUUAGCAACUCUGUGCUUGCUUCAGUAGGGAAAAANGGCGAGAAUCCUGCAUUGCUGAUAUUUAUUAUACUGUGAUUUUUCAAUCCCUAAUUUGAUAAGACAACCAACGUCCACAUUGAGUGGGUAUUUGUAGACUGUAUUUGAAGCAAAUCAGCUGAAUACUCUAAACUGUAGUCAUCAAAACCUCCUGUGUAUUUGGUGUAAAAUGCCCUUUUCCCCAGCGGUGCUGUUAAAAGACCCAUCUUUUACUCUGAAGCAUUUCAAGACUUACACAAUACAUCUCUACUGAAUAUGAGCAACAGCCAAAACUUGGUCUUGUGCUGGGUUUGUCAAUUAUCAUAUCACUCAAAAAUAUGAGCAAACUAAACCUAACCUGCAAGUACACAAUGCACCUAAUUGGACCUUUAUGAAAAUUGAAGUACUUAAAAUGUAGACGUAAAUGUUGUUCUACAAACUAUUUUGUUAGUUUAGAUUGCGAAUUCGUUAAUAGCAAUACAGUGGGUUUAAAUAAACAGUGAUUUCCAUUGGGGUUUCUUAAUAAAGACAUUGGAAUUGCGUCCGAUUUACAUUUGACUUGAGGGAACUCUGCUCAGCGUACAUUUGGAGAUUUUUCACAGGUCAGUGUGACCUAUUUACAGUUAUUGGAAGCAGUUCGUCACUUAUUGGACUGCAUGAAGGGCAGUAGUGCAAUAAAUACAAAGUUCAAAUUACAAGCAUUUGUUGUGUAAAAUGCCAAGAAUUGUAAAUAAAUGUGAUAAAAUCCUGACCAUGUUUACAUAGCUUAACACUGUUGGAAAGCACUAUACUGGAAAUGUGUUUGCAUCGAGUGUUUUGUAAUAAAGGUGGCAACGGAUGAGAA